AUGUCAGAAGGUGGUGUACCGAAACUGCUAGAGGGCAACGAUACCAGCGUGUCAUCGGCUGAGCCGGAGGCAGUUAUUGUUUCGUUAAGGAAGAAAGAAGAGGUGGAGAACGAGGAACCGCCAAAGGACGAAACAAUUCAUAUUAUCCCUCAGAAAGACGAGGAAUCACCGGCAGCUACGGAACCGAGGCCCGUCGCCAACGAUGAAUCGAAGUCUUUCGCGACGAAGCAGAAGCGGAAGAUUCGAAAGAGACGAGGACGGCGACGCAAGAGGAAGGCGUUCGAAUCUGACUCAGAAGACGAACGACUUAAGAACCAUCUUCUGAAGCGAACCUACGCAAAGGAAAAACUGGCGAAGAACGAUGGUCUUCGAGAGCCGGUCCUCAAGCGUAAGAAUGAUGGCGGGUUUGAGGUGGUGAACCCGGUGGGUUACGACAAACUGAUGACCAGACUUGAAGAUGCUUAUGCGAACAAGCCCAAUAAGCCGACAGAUGGUCAGUUCAUCGAUGGCCCGUCGUCAUGCGCCCUGUGCGGAAUGAAGCAGUGGGCUCAUCAGCUGGGCGACCUUUUCGGUCCAUAUUAUGUGAGGCUGGAUUUUCAGUGUUGGCCCCCUUUCCUGAAGAAGACCCGCAGUGCCAUGCCGCGGAUACCUCAGAACGAAGACACAUUCAUAGAUCUCUGGUUCCAUUGCAAUUGUCUCGUUUGGGCACCAAACAUUUUCUUGAAAAGGGACAAAUUGAUCGGCAUAGAGGAUAACCUCAAGCAAUUUUGGAAGCAGGUAUAA